AUGGAGUCAUCUCACCGAUGGCCUAUCCAACAUGCUAAAUCCCUCAACCUCGCCUCCUCCUCUCAAUCAACCUCACCAUUCGACCUCACCCUACUCCCAUCAGAAGUAUCUCUUCUCCUUCUAGAGUUCCUCGCAAGAACAUGCGACUCCCACACCCUGCUAAAUCUGAUGCGUCUAUCGAAAGAAUCAUACAAGUACUUCGGUCCGGCUUUAUAUCGGGGUAUCAUCGUCACCACCACCAUAUUUGACCGGUUAGAUUUCGCUUUGGAGAGGAGAAUGCAUAAGGAACGAUGGGAUAAAAAUCAACAAGAACUUGUGAAGUUAGGGGUAAAAGAAGAGAAAGGUAAUACCCUCUUAGGAGAGUCAUCGAGAGAUCAGAGUACUUCAACCGAAAAUGAGGAUAAGGUAGAGGUGAUAGAGGGUAAUAAUCCAUUAGAAGAACUGUGUAUGGUAGAUCCGUUAUCGAUACAUCUAAGAAAGGUAAACCUGUUAUCGAAUAUCAGAUGGGUCGAUAUAAAAUCCACUUCGUCAUUGCAUGUGGGAACCGAGCAUAAGAGGAUAUUUGAUAAUCUCAUUGGAUUAAAAAUGAAUUCUUCAAUCGGAUUUGAUCAGAAUUCAUUCGGACCUCGUACUAGAAAUGUAUCUACCCCACCACUCAAAGCGUAUCUUAGACCGCGCCAGAUACAUCUCCAGAUCUGUACAGAAGAUGAUCUGCGACCGGGAUGUUUGGGUCUAUAUCUCAAAGAAUUAUGCGAAGAUUGGAACUUAGACUUGGUAGUAUACCAUAUACAUUUACCAAAUCCUGCGAAAGAUGCUUCACAAAGUGGGAAUAUCAACUACAGUGCCGAUAGGAUAAUUAGAAAAUUGAGUGACUUUCCAACCGCCAAGAAAGUGAUGUUCGAUUUUAGGAAUUCAUGUACAGCCGAUCCAUCUUCACUCAACAUCUCACCUAAGACUACUGCUGAGCUACAUAAGAGAGAUGGCGAAGGAACUAGUUGGGAAUUGGUUGAUUUGAAUUGUUGGAAUACCCUGGGUGCGAUUAUGGGUAAGGUGGAUAGUUCAGAUUGGAUACAGAGGAGUAGCUAUUCAGAUCCUCUCGAGGUCGGAACCAAAAUUGAAAAUCAAGAUGAGGAUGGUGGUAAAGAGGGUGAAGGAAAAAUUGAAGUGGUUAGACCUAGUCUUGAGAUUCAUGGUUUACCUUGUAUAACGAAAAUUACGUUGGAUAAUAUGAAGAUUGCAGCUUCUCAGAGAUCACUCGGCCAAGAGCACGAAAGAGCAGGAUGGAAAGAGGGAGAGGGAGAUGAGUGGUUGAGGUAUGACUUAAAAUUGGUCAAUGAGGGUGAUGGUGAGUGGUGUGAGUGUUCCGCUUCUGCAAUAUAA